AUGAAUGGGACUCAUUAUGGGAAAAGGAAUUUGGCUGUCAACAUGGGGUCCAUGCGAAUUCUCAUCAAAGGAGGCAAAGUGGUCAAUGACGACUUCACCCACGAGGCAGAUGUUUACAUUGAGAAUGGUAUCAUACAGCAGGUUGGGAAGGAGCUGAUGAUUCCAGGUGGGGCUAAGGUGAUUGACGCCUCUGGAAAGCUGGUGAUGCCUGGUGGAAUAGACACCUCUGUACAUCUGGAUCAAACUUUCAUGAACGCCGCCAUCCAGGAUGACUUCUACAGUGGCACCAAGGCAGCUCUGAUGGGUGGUACCACAAUGGUGAUGGCGCUGAUCCUGCCGGAACAACACUGCUCCCUGGUGGAUGCCUAUGAGCAAUGCCGAGCUCUAGCUGACGCAAAGGCGUGCUGCGACUAUGCUCUGCAUGUUGGUGUGACCUGGUGGGGGCCAAAGGUUCGUAAUGAGAUGGAGACCCUGGUGAGGGAACAUGGGGUGAAUUCUUUCCAGAUGUUCAUGGCCUAUAAGGACAUGAUGAUGCUGAGGGACUCUGAGCUCUACCAGGCACUGCAGACUUGUAAGGACAUAGGAGCCAUUGCACGUGUCCAUGCUGAGAAUGGAGAGCUGGUGGCAGAGGGUGCUAAAGAGGCUCUGGAGUUGGGUAUUAGUGGACCUGAAGGAAUUGAGGUCAGCCGUCCAGAAGAGCUGGAAUCAGAAGCUACACACAGAGCUGUAACCAUCGCCAACAGGGCUCACUGCCCUAUCUACCUGGUCAACGUUUCCAGUAUGCCUGCUGGAGAUAUGAUUGCCGCUGCCAAGAUGCAGGGUAAGGUGGUCCAUGCGGAGACCACAGUCGCUCAUGCUGUGUUGAACGGCAUGCAGUAUUACCACCAGGACUGGGCUCACGCUGCUGCCCAUGUCAUCGUCCCUCCUCUCCGAAUUGACCCCAACACUCCUGGCUACCUCAUGGGACUGUUGGGCAAUGACACUCUGAGCGUUGUGGCAUCAGAGCACCGACCUUUUAGCACCAAGCAAAGGGCCUUGGGCAAGGAGGAUUUCACCAAGAUCCCACACGGAGUGCCUGGAAUCCAAGACAGGAUGAGCGUCAUCUGGGAGCGAGGGGUGGUUACAGGAAAGAUGGACGAAAAUCGUUUUGUGGCUGUGACGAGCGCUAAUGCUGCAAAGAUCUACAAUUUGUAUCCACGCAAGGGUCGCAUUAUCCCCGGAGCAGACGCUGAUGUGGUGGUGUGGGAUCCAGAUGCAACUAGGACCAUCUCUAUUGGCACUCAGGUGCAAGGAGGAGACUUCAACCUGUAUGAGGGCAUGCGCUGCCAUGGCGUUCCUCUGGUCACCAUCAGCCGAGGGCGCCUGGUGUGUGAGAAUGCAAUGUUUAUGUGCGCUGAAGGCUCUGGAAAAUUCUACCCACAACGCACCUUCCCUGAUUAUCUGUAUAAGAAGAUGGUGCAGAGAGAAAAAGCUCAAGCAUACAAAGGAGUUGACAGGGAUCCCUACUCUGGUGAUGUGGUCAAAGUUGCCAACGCUAUGAAGAAGGAGCUCGGUUUAAGCCCCAUUGAUGGAGAUGGUGCUAACAAAGGUGUUUUGAGGGUGCAACAGGGGGUUCGAGACCUCCAUGAGAGCUCUUUUAGCCUCUCAGGGUCCCAGGUUGAUGACCACAUCCCCAAGAGGUCCUCUGCUCGUAUCUUGGCCCCCCCAGGUGGCCGCUCCAGUGGAAUCUGGUAA